AUGACCUCGCCCGGACAGGAUGUCCCCGAAACCUCCGCCAGCACUCCUUUCGCAGCGUCCGAUCACUACCAUGAUGGUAAACAUCAUCUGCUUCUCGCGGCCAGCGGCUCCGUUGCCACCAUCAAGAUCCCAAAUAUCCUAAACGCACUCUCCCAUCACCCCAACCUCGCCAUCCGACUCAUCCUUACCCAGUCCGCCGCGAACUUCCUCGCUGGUCAAAGCGCCGAGCAACCUCAUGUCGAUUUUCUCCGAGAGUACAGAAACGUUGAAGGCAUCUAUCUCGACGAUGACGAGUGGGCGCACCCCUGGAGCAGGGGCCGGCCCAUACUGCACAUCGAGCUGCGAAGAUGGAGUCAUCUGCUCGUCAUUGCUCCUUUAUCCGCAAAUACACUCGCAAAGCUCACCUGUGGCUUCAGUGAUAACUUGCUAACAAGCGUGGUGCGAGCGUGGGAUACGACAGGAGAUAUUGAAGAUCCGGGUCAAGCUGCUGCUAAUGGAGAGGCGCCGUCUAGGGGUAAGAAGAGAAUUAUUGUGGCCCCAGCAAUGAACACGGCUAUGUGGAGACAUCCAGUUACAAAGAGACACAUCGCACUAUUGGAGGGCGAGUGGGGUGUCUCUGGCAACAACCAAGACCUGCAGCAGGAUGAGGGCUGGUUCGAGGUCUUGCGACCCCAGGAGAAGGAGUUGGCAUGCGGGGACGUUGGAGACGGUGCCAUGAAGGACUGGAAGGAGAUUGUCCAAGUCAUUGAACAGAGAUUGCGUCUUGACGCAUGA